GAUAUAGAUUUUGAACAUUCGCUCACUAGAGAAUUUAUUGAGAACCAAGCCUUAUUAGUUUAAAAACUCGAUUGCUGAUAAUUUUAAUCAAUGCCAUUUUGAAAAGCACUAAUGCGUACUUCCACUAACUGCUUCCCAAAUUCCUGCAACUGGCUUAUCUGUUGCUUAUCGUGGAUUAAGAAUUUGAUAAAAUCGUAGGUACUUAAAGACCUCGGUUCUUACAAAUGAAUUUAGUUCAAAUUUAGCUGUCACCGAGAGAGAAUGAAAGCUUUGAUUUUAAUUUCGGCUAUUUUAGCCAUUUUUGUGGUCAUCGCAAGUGCGUCAAAAAUUCGUUAUGAUAACUUUAAAGUAUUCAAAAUUCGAACACAAAAUGUGGAACAGCGAAAAAUGCUGGAAAAAUUAGCGACCGAUUCGGAAAAUUUUAAUUUAUGGCACAGCAGCAAUAAAGAGGUGCAUAUUAUGGUCAGUCCACAAAAACUCAUACAUCUACAGAACUAUACGCGCGCCUAUAGCCUGCCUUUGGAAGUUAUGGUCUCCAAUGUGCAGAGUCUUAUCGAUGGUGAGCAACCCGCAAAAUCUACAGACGAUAGCACCUUCGGCUGGACACGCUAUUAUCCCUUAUCAGCAAUUGAAGUAUUCCUAGACGAAAUACUGGCGAAAUACCCCGCAGUUGCGAGUGAAAUAAAUAUUGGCACAUCCUAUGAAGGACGCAAGAUACGCGGCAUUAAGAUCUCUUACAAGGAGGGUAAUCCUGGCAUCUUUAUCGAAGCCAACAUACAUGCGCGCGAAUGGAUCACCUCAGCGACAGCUACUUGGUUAAUCAAUGAAUUGCUGUCUUCUACCGACGAGGAUGUGCGUAGUUUAGCUGAGAAUCAUGAUUGGUAUAUUGUGCCAGUCUUAAAUGUGGAUGGUUUUGCGUACACACACGAAACGAAUCGCAUGUGGCGUAAGACACGCCAACCAGUGGAGGGCUCAGCGUGUAUUGGUGCUGAUCCGAAUCGUAACUAUAAUUCUCAUUGGAUGGAAAGCAACGGUGCUUCCUCGAAUCCUUGCGAUGAGACCUAUGGCGGUCCGCAACCUUUUUCUGAACCCGAGGUUAAGGCGCUCGCCGAUUAUGUUACUAGCAUUAAGGAACGUCUAAAUAUCAUGCUCGCCUUUCAUUCGUAUAGUCAAGUGCUACUCUCUCCUUAUGGCUGGACAAGUGAGCUUCCUGAAAAUCAUAGCGAUUUGACAGAAGUGGCAAAAGCUUACUCAGAUGCGGUCAAGGAGUUACCCUAUGACACGGUUUAUACUUAUGGUUCCACAGCGAAUGAGAUGUACUACGCUUCUGGCGCCACCAACGAUUGGGCUUACAGUGAACAGGAUAUCAAGCUCUCGUACACAAUCGAAUUUCGUGACACUGGGCGUUUUGGUUUCAUUCUUCCGCCAGUCCAAAUAAUACCUCACUGUGAAGAUACACUUGCUGGCUUGUUGGCACUGGUGAAGAAGGCCGAUGAGCUGGGUUAUCUUCAAACUAAAUACGUAUAAUGAAGUUUAUUUUAUGAAGUUACAGAGCCAUUAGUGAGUUGGGCAUGUCUG